AUGACUAUUACCGCCAAAUUGGGGAGCUCUUUCAAGGGCAACUCCUUCGCCCCUAACACACUCUCUUACGCGCGUGCCAACAAUAUCUACUCCUCUUCCACCUACAAUGACACCAAAGACCCCAAAGGUCCCAACUUCCGCAACUUGAACCCUUCAGAAAUCCUUCAGCCUUCUAGCAUCGAGGAUAUUAUCUGGGUCGUCAAGACCGCCACUAAAAUGGGCAAGCCUCUCGCCAUUCGAUCGGGAGGUCAUCAAUACAGUGGUGCAUCUUCAACUGGCCCUCAGGGUAUCCAGAUAGACUUGCAGCCUACGUUCCGUCGUCCCAAUGUCGAUCUUAAUAUCUUGAGGGAGAAUGGCAAGGUCUACCUUCGCUCUAGUGUUAGCUGGAAACUCACCGAGAUCUUUGACUUUCUCAAGGACAAUGGUGUCUUUAUGCCGACUGGUCAGUGCUCUACUGUCUGCCUUGGUGGGCAUGUUCAGACUGGCGGUUACGGCAUGCUUGCGCGAUCAUUCGGUCUUCUCGGAGACUGGGUCCGUGAGCUUGAGAUCGUCGACUACAAAGGCAAUGUACUCAAGAUUACCAAGGACUGCCAUCCGGACCUAUUCUUCGGGUUUCUCGGAGGCAGUCCCGGUAAUCUGGGUGUCCUGACACACUUCAAGAUUGAAGUUCAAGAUGAUAAUAACCACCAAGGCUCCAAGGGCAUGUGGGCCGGCUUCGGCUAUUCAGAGGAGACACUCAAGACCCUUCUGGAUCUUCUCGUGAAGAAGGGUGAAGACCCCAAGUUCCCUCGUGGCUAUGAUUUCACUGUCAAUAUUGUCAGCAGACAAGCCAACCUCCUCGAUCUCUUCCCUGGUACCGAAGAUGAACUCAAGAAGAAGCUGCCAGACAGGAUUCACGACGGCAAAGAUAACAUCGCCGAUCUCCUUAAGUUUAAGUAUGCCAUGAUCGUCGUCUAUGCCCAAUGGGUCAAUCUUCACGAAGAGCCCUACUCAGACGAUCUCUUCAACCAGAUCAAGAACGUGCCAAAUGAGUUCAAGAUUAUCAAGGAAGCUCCCGACAAAACUCCCAUGUCUUACAUCGCGUCCAUGUGGCUAUUCGCAAGCCCUCGCGAGUUCCCUUACCCCUACGAUAAGCGCACCAACAGCACCGCGUCAACCCAGCUCUCCAAGACAGGCUGGUCUUCUUGGUUCGCCGGCCGUGUGAACGAGGUCAUUAAGGACAAGAAUAAUGGCCUCUGGGUCUCAUCCCAACUGCAAGUCUACGGUGGCGAGCAAUCCAUGUUUCGCAGAAAUAAGGGUAACGGCACAGCUUACACUUUCCGCGAUGCUACUUUCAGCGGCACAUGGGACGUUUUCUUCCAAGGUACGAGGGAAGCAGCCAAGAAGUGGCAGGAUCAGAAUGAUGUGGGCAGGGCAAAGUACUUUAGCAAAGAGGAUCGACGUGUUCUCUGGGGAUCGUAUGGUGAUUGGAACAUGAAGAAUGUUUGGCAGCACUACUACGAUCCUGACACGUACAAGAAGGUGCAGAAGAUCAGGAAGACUUAUGAUCCCAACGGGACAUUUACUGCCAACCCUUUCUGUGUGGAGGCUUUGAAGUAG